AUGGGAUCCAACCUACCUUAUGCUGCGGAUGCUGAAAGUCCGUUGAAACCAGCAGAGCUCCAAGUUUUGCGGGCCCAGUACGAGAAGGAGGGGGAUUAUGUUGGAAUCCAGACGAAAUUCAACUACGCAUGGGGCUUGAUCAAAUCCCACGCUCGGGCGGACCAACAAGAGGGAGUCCGUCUUCUAUCGGAAAUCUUCCGCGCAUCCCCAGAGCGACGACGCGAAUGCCUCUACUACUUGGCUUUGGGAAACUACAAGCUCGGAAACUACGGCGAAGCACGGCGAUACAAUGAUCUUCUCCUUGAGAAGGAGCCGGGGAACCUGCAAGCUGCCAGCCUCGGCUCGCUGAUUGACGACAAGGUCUCCAAAGAGGGUCUGAUGGGCAUCGCCAUCGUGGGAGGCCUGGCUCUAGCGGCAGGAGUCGUAGGUGGUCUUAUCUUCAAGGGUGCCGCAAAGAGACGUUACUUCCUCGGAAUCUUCUCGGUAUCAGUUAGACUCUUCUUCCUUCUCGUCUCAUUCACCGUCAUGGACGACGUUGCUAUGGCUGAUGCGGGGGACCGCAUGUUCUGCCAUGCGUGUGGUGGGGUUUGGCUGAAAAAUGCUGCUAAUGGGUUGGACUGUCCUCACUGUCAGUCCGAUUUUACAGAGAUUAUUGAAAUCCCGCCCGAUACAGAAGACCCCUCCGCUCGACCCGCGAAUGACUCCCCACCCCGCGAAGAGAAUAAUCAACCCAACGUCAACCCUUGGGCCGAUCACAACCCUUGGGCGAAUGAAGAGGACCAUGGAGGAGACGACAAUGCAUGGCGGCCGGGUUUCUCACGUCGUACAUAUAGGUCCCCCGAUGGCCGGUUUACUUUCACAACUACCACAGCCACUUUAGGUGGUGGCGGCUUCCGCAUGGGACGAUCCAUGGACCAAAGACAAUUCCAGAUAGACCCGUUGAUGCCGGUGGUGCGCAGUUUGGAUACUAUUUUCCACGGGUUGGCCGACACCUACCAGCAAGGCCAGAAUCAGAAUCAAACCCAAAAUCGGAACGCCGCAGGAGAGGGAAAUGAGGCAGACGCCGACGAGAAUCGUGCGGGGAGCGAAUCGCCCGAAUUCCGUGCAACUGGCAGGCUAUUUGCGCGAGAUGCGGAUGGUCCGCAGCCGAUGGCGCCACCUUUGGGCACCCUGGGCGACAUCCUCGAACUGUUUCGUGCCGACUUUGGGGGUGGGGCAGGGGGAGGAGUGCGUGUGAUGACUGGUCCGAAUCCUCUAGCCAUGCUGUCUACUCUGCUCAACUUUGACCGACACGGAGAUGCGGUGUACUCGCAGGAGGAACUGGACCGGGUUAUCUCGCAGUUGAUCGACCAGAAUAUCAAUCGAACAGGGGCUCCCCCGGCUCCUGAAAGCGCUAUUCAGGCCCUGCCGAAGAAAAAGGUCGACGAGGAGAUGCUAGGGAGCGAUGGCAAGGCAGAGUGCUCGAUUUGCAUGGAGCAAGUCGAAUUAGGCGCGGAGGUCACAGUCUUGCCUUGCAAACACUGGUUUCAUUAUCCCUGCAUUGAAGCCUGGUUAAGCCAACAUAACACAUGUCCCCAUUGUCGCAGGGGGAUCGAUACCCGACAGGCUCAAGGAACCAGUCAGGAUCCGGUUGUCAUUAGCGACAGUCCUGAACCUUCAUCUCCUGAGCGCCGUCGUAGUAGUGGUCCAACUCAGCAUAGCGGACAGGCCCCUCCUACAUGGGGCGAACAUCCGUCGUGGAACACUACAGAAUCAAACGAGCAUAAUCAAGAACAAUCGAGUCGCAACGAAGGCAACGAACAUAACCAAGGCCAAUUCGGUCACAACGAGGGUAGCGGCAGCGGAGGGUUUACCGGGUGGGUUAGAAGUCAUUUUGGUGGCAGCUAA